AGCACGCCAGGCAAGCUGCUGGCGAGGAGCACGUUGUGGGCACCGCAAACCCCAGGGCCUCUCCGAGUUGCACCCAGGCGCGCCCCACUCCUGAGAAGCGGUCUCCAAGGCAAGCUGCGCCGAGCAUCCCGGACAGACGCGCAGGGUUCUCAGGGCCUUGAAGAUGGAGGCUGCCAUAUCCCUGGUGGGAAGCCAAGGCAUUAUCUCUGUCACUGAGAUUCUUGUCGCCUCUGCUGUCUUCUGUCUGAUCUCCCUGGUCAUCCGAUCCUUCCGGCAGCAGCUCCCCCAGGAGCUGAAGAGGCUGCCAGGACCCCGGGGUUACCCCCUCAUCGGCAACGUGCUGGAGCUGGGGAGCAAUCCACACCUGACCCUGACCCGGAUGAGCCAGGAGUAUGGCGACGUGAUGCAGAUCCGGAUUGGCACCCGACCCGUGCUGGUGCUGAGUGGCUUGGACACCCUCAAGCAAGCCCUGGUGAAGCAAGCGGAAGACUUCAUGGGGCGCCCUGAUCUCUACAGCUUCCGAUUCAUUGCGGACGGCCAGAGCAUGACUUUCAGCACGGACUCAGGGGAGGUGUGGCGAGCUCGCAGGAAACUGGCCCAGAGUGCCCUGAAGACCUUCUCUGUCUCCCCCAGCCCCAACUCUUCGUCCACCUGCCUGCUUGAGGAGCACGUCUCCAAAGAAGCAGACUACCUCGUCAAAAAGUUCCUGCAGCUGAUGGAGGAGAAGAAAAGGUUUGACCCCUACCAGUACGUUGUGGUCUCUGUGGCCAACGUCAUCUGUGCCAUGUGCUUUGGCAAGCGUUAUGACCAUGACGACCAAGAAUUACUCAGUAUGGUCAACUUGAACAAUGAGUUCGGGGAUGUGGCUGCCUCCGGCAACCCUGCAGACUUCAUCCCAGUGCUCCAGUAUCUCCCCAGCCGCGCCAUGAAAAUCUUCAAGGAUCUCAAUAAGAGGUUCGACACCUUUGUGCAGAAGAUUGUUAAGGAGCACUACAGCAGCUUUGAUAAGGACCACAUUCGGGACAUCACUGACUCCCUGAUCGAGCAUUGUGAGGAGAAAAAAGUGGACGAGUCUGCCAGCGUUCAGUUGUCUGAUGAGAAGAUUGUCACCCUUGUCAAUGACCUCUUUGGAGCUGGCUUUGACACCGUGACAACAGCCUUGUCCUGGAGUCUUAUGUAUCUUGUGACCUAUCCAGAAAUUCAGAAGAAGAUUCAUGAAGAAUUAGAUCGGAUCAUUGGCAGAGAGAGGCGACCCAGACUGUCAGACCGGCUCACGCUGCCUUACACAGAAGCCUUUAUCUUAGAGAUGUUCAGACAUUCCUCCUUCCUGCCCUUCACCAUUCCUCACUGCACAACGAAACCCACUGCACUGAAUGGCUACUUCAUCCCGAAGGACCUCUGUGUGUUUGUCAACCAGUGGCAAGUCAAUCACGACGAGAAGCUUUGGAAAGAUCCUUCCACCUUCAGCCCCGAGCGUUUCCUCACCAUUGACGGGAUGGAGGUCAACCGGGCCGAGAGCGAGAAAGUGAUGACAUUCGGCCUGGGGAAGAGGAGGUGCAUUGGGGAGAACAUUGGCAAGUGGGAGAUCUUCCUCUUCCUGACCACCCUGCUUCAGCAACUGGAGUUCAGCAUACGUGAUGGGGAGAAGGCGGACAUAACGCCUCAGUACGGACUGACCAUGAAGCACAAGAGGUGUGAGCACUUCCAGAUUCAGCAGCGCUUUGAGGUGAAGAGCUCUGAGUGAGCUCCCUGGCCUUCCAGCUAGGACAAGGGGAUGGGGAGAUGCCACAUCACAGUAUUUUGGCUUGUGGAAAUCACCCCCCCAAUGCUAUGUUAGGGCUGACAUGCCCUAGAGCGUCAGAUAUCACAGGCUGUGUUGACUCUGCAUCUGAACUGACACAGUGGCGGUUGGGUCCUAUCUGACUUGCACUUGCUACUGCCGUCUGCUGGCCUUCCAAGAGUGUAUUGCAAACUGACCAAGCCUGCCCCGUGUACUCUGAGGAGCAUGCCGUGUGGGGCUACCCGAUAUGUCACCUAGUUAGUGCCAUCAUGCUUACCUGCAGAAACAACAGACUUCGCAGAUAUAUUUUGAUCAGGUAGCUACUGAUCUUGUGAGGUUUGAUGCUGAGUUCUCUGCAAAACUGCUCUGGAUGUCCCUGAGGUGCAGGCCUUUUAUGAUGGACACCUGGGCUACGUCUAGACUGGCAUGAUUUUCCGGAAAUGCUUUUAACGGAAAAUUUUUCCGUUAAAAGCAUUUUCGGAAAAGAGCAUCUAG